AUGCAUGGGUCUUCAGCUGAAUCUACAAAAGACGAUGUUCAGGCGGAACGGAUGGGUCUCGGAUGCCCCAUUCACGCUCAACGGAACGAACAUAUCCGAAUGCACCAGCUACGUUUAUCUGGGUCGGGAACUGAACACGAUCGAGGAUGUAGUGAAGAAGACCAGAAACAUCCGGCUCUGUGCUCACCUUCCACCACACUCACCUCUUCAACACCACCGUACUUCCUGCUUAGACCUAUGCUUCGGAAACCUGGGCAUUUCGCAAGCAGGAAGAAAACGCGGUGA